UCGACGACUUUAUCCCGAGUCAACGGGUGGCGUUUUGGAUCUGGAAAAUUCUCGGUAUAUGGGCAACCGACGAUGAAAGCCCCUUUUACAGAGCAUACCGUCGAAUUUAUCAUUUUUUCUUCACGGGAAUAUACUUGUUUUCGAUGUUCACUAGUUCUUUUUUCACCGAAAAUUCUGAAGAACUCUGGGUGGAGAUUUUGUUUAUUCUUCCUACGGAGAUAGCGAUGUUGACCAAAACCAUCAUUACUGUGUACAAGUUCGAAACCAUUCACCGAUUGCUUCAAACCACAAUCUCGAAGGAGUUUCAGCCAACGUGUCCCAAGCAUGGAAAGGAAUAUGAUCGUUUUUUCGACCGGUUCAGCAAAGUUAUGUUGAUGUACUACUUUUGCAGUGUUUGUGCUGCUUGGACACAUUUGGGAUUUUUGUUUGAUGACCGUCUGAAGCUGCCGUUCUUCAAUUGGUUCUUCUGGGUCCCGCUGGAUAGGGAUCAUCUGAACAAUUACUACAUUCUUUUCGCGUAUCAGAUGAUCGGAAUGAUGGGGCACUGCUCGUUGAACGUAUCCGGUGAUAUGAACAUUGCCUACCUGCUUUCAGUAGCCGGUCAGCAGUUGGAUUUGCUCAGCUGUAAAUUUGCCAGCCUGCCGGUUCCUGGAACGGGAACCACUAUUGAAAAAGACUAUUAUAAAAGGACGUUUGUGGAGCAGAUUCAACAGUACAAUCGAAUUUAUGAGUAAAAUAGUUUAAAUCUGAAGAUAGGAAGGUUUCUGAUACCGCUUUUACUUCACAGUUUUGCACGGGAGAUCGAGAGAACAGUUUCGUGGUGUGUUUUUGCACAGAUAUGUGCCAGCGGUAUAACCAUUUGCGCCAUAGUAUUCCGUUUGUCGGCUGUAAUACUUGCUACGAUAGGAUAUAACGAAUAUAAAAAAAAUCCUCCUACAUUCUUUUCGCAGAUCAGUAUUAUCGAUCAUCUCGGCACCUCAAUUCCGAUGUUCUUCUACAUGGUGUCAAUGUUGACGCAGAUCUUCCUACCAUGUUACUUUGGAAAUGAUGUUACUCUUAAGAGCCAAAAACUUACCAAUGCAUUGUACACCUCGAAAUGGUAUCGGUUGGCAAUGAGCGACCGGAAAGAUCUGAAAAUGAUGACACUUCGCACCAGUGAGUCGAUUCGAUUGAAGGCAGGGGGAUUUUUCAAUUUCAACCUAGAGGCUUUCACAUCGACUCUAAACACAGCCUAUUCGGUUUACGCCGUUCUCAACAGCAAAAAUAAUAAGUAAAAACAUAAGUGUACAUAGGAAUAGUAUGAAUAUCAGGAUAGUAAGAAUCAUUAACCCUUAAAAACCCAGGACGUAUCUUGAAUUUUUAAAUGACCCCAAUUCGGAGAUUAGUAAGUAAAUGGAUUAAUUUGAAAUAA